AUGUAUUACUUGAAUGAAUUUUUAAAAGACCUAAAAGUAAAAAUUACUGAUUCAGGUUACAUAAUUAGAAAAGACAUGAGUUCAAAUACUACUUUUGACAUGAUGAACAGCGUGCUGGAGAACUUCACCAUCCUGCAGGUGGUCACCAACAGAGACACACAGGAGACUCUGCUGUGCAUUGCAUAUGUCUUCGAGGUGUCAGCCAGCGAACACGGGGCUCAACACCAUAUCUACCGGCUGGUGAAAGAAUAA